CCCCAGCCAAGGCUCUCAGUAUACGCGACACACCCCCCAGGUGAGCUGCGCAGCAGCUCACCUGCGUUGAGCGUCAACUUGGCUUGUUGGAGCAGCGCUGCGCGUUUACCCUGUGUUUGUGCUCGUUGCCCCAGGCAGCGCGAUGAUCGUUUCCCUAGGCAGCGCAGGUCACGUGCGUGCCGUGAUCGCCGCAACAGAGGUAAAUAAAUUCUGCUGCUCCUCGAGCUUCUCUUCUGUAAGUCCCAACAACAUGCCGCGUCUCAAUAAAGCUAAAAGAGCCGCCCGCUCGCGUGCCGCCGCUCUGCGGGGCCGCGUUGCCAGCAAGCCUGCGCCCACCCCCCGCCAGCCCGCGCCUCCCACCCCCCGUCGGCGCCCGCUCCCCGCUCCGGCCUCGACUCCCCGCCGGCCUCCCCCUGGUGCGCUCCGCGCGCAGUCCUGUCUGGGCUGCAUAAAGAGUGCGCUCGCGGGGCGCUCCAGUGGGGAGUGCCAUGAUUCCGCCACUGGCGGUUCGCGCUGUUGGCGCUGUUCCUCCGGGCACAGCUGCCUGCCCCUGUAAGCCCCGUAGCAGUGUGUGGGGUGAUCUAGUUUUGACCUAUUUGCAGUCCCCCCGUCGCCGUCGUGUAUGCGCGGCGCCUUGUUGCGGCGCUCGUCGCGGAGGACGAGCGGGCUGCGUCCCGGCUUCGGCCGGUUCUUCGAGCUCUGCUCGAGGAAGAUGUGGUGGAGGAGGAGGAGGGAGAGGAGGAGGAAGAGGAGGAGGAGGAGGAGGAGGAG